AAGGCAAAUAAACUAGAUAACUGAUUUUUCCAUAUAAUAAUUUAUUUUAAUUACUACAAGUUUUUAUAGUGCUUUAAAAUGUGUUCCUUAAUCUAUAUGUCGGUGCAGCGCUGCUUUUACGACAGAGUCGAGAUAAAUGAGUGAUGCCACGACCAAGCCCCGAACGCUGCGGCGCGUCCGAUCCAUCUACCAAGUCCACUACGGACUACCCAAGAUCGAACGAGAAACGGCCAGACCAUUAGUCAUGCCGUUCGACUCCGUGGAGAUACAGGCGUAUGAGAAACAAGUGGCUGGGCAUAGAGAGAGCUCGGAUGCAAGAUUCCUAGGCCUCCUCCAAUGCAACAACGGGACAAUCCUCAAACCCAUCAUCAAGGAAUGCCAGCGACGCGAGAUAGACUUCUACGAGCGACUAUCCACGACGAAAGACCCAGAUCUAAUAGAGCUGGGCACUUUAGUACCCAAGUAUUAUGGCUGUCGGCGGUUCACGUACAAUACUCAUGAGCAGGAGUAUAUUAUAUUGGAAGAUGUGGUGCAGAGGAUGCUGGAACCUUGUAUUAUGGAUGUUAAAAUUGGCAGAAGAACCUGGGACCAUCUAGCCUCAGUAGAGAAAAUCCAGAAGGAACAAACCAAAUACAAGCUGUGUAAAGAAGCAUACGGGUUCUGCAUACCCGGGUUCCAAGUGUACCGGCUGUCUACUGGGAAACUGCUGAAAUACAACAAGGACUAUGGGAAGCGAUUACAUGGACAGGCGGUUAAAGAAGCCAUCCGUAACUUCCUAAACGGCGUCGGCACCAGCCUCUGCCGCGCGCUGAUCCUCCAGUUCCUCACCACAUUAUGGAAGAUACAGAAAUGGGCCUCAAGGCAGACUUCAGUCAAGAUAUAUUCAUGUUCGUUGCUGCUCGCGUAUGAUGCCGCCAAGUUGAGGGACUGCUGCGGAGAGGGCGAUGUCCUCUCGCCCCGACCGAAGUGCCGCUCCGAGUCCGUGGGUCGCCGCAAGUCCAUACACUCCAUGCACAGCGACACCGGCUCCAACUUCAGCGGCCAGAUCUCAUCCAAGGGACCAGUAUAUAAGAAGGUAAACUCCGUACCCCUAACCUCAAUGCAACUAGCGCAGCGAAGCUUCUCGCCCCCUCCCACCGUCACCUCCCCCUGGAGCGAGGCGCUCGAAAAGAUCAACCACAAUCACUCCUUCGACCACAACUAUGAAGACAAACUGUCCAAAAUCAGGAUGAACUAUCGAGCCAUCUUGGACCAACUGUCCGGUGAUUCGCCAAACCCUGCCCAGUGGGGGACGGUCAAAAUAAUAGAUUUCGCGCAUGCGUUUUUUAAUGAAGAAGAUGAGAUGGCGGUGGAUGAGAAUUUUAGGGACGGAAUAGACAGUUUUGUGGAGAUUUUUGAGGCGUUUUUAAAGGAGACUGAUGAUCAAGUGUUUUAAGCUUUCAUAUGUGUGGUCGAAAAUCGUGGGUUCAAUUCAAACCUCCGUUGUGCUGUAUAGAGAGAAAAUAAUCGUUCUCGAAAAAAUGCAAAAAGAUUACUAAAAAUUCGGUCAGGGUCCUUAUCAUACAAGAGAUGGGCCGAAUAUGGACUUUGCCGAAUACGAAUAUUCGGCCGAAUAUUCAGUUGGGCUAAAAAACUGUCUAAAACGCUGAAAACAAGUUCAUUCGGGUCUGCGAUCUGCACUCCUCGUGUUUUUGACCUUUCCCCUCUGGACCGGCCGGGAAUGUUUAAGAAAAGAAACGGACCCGCCUCAUGCCUGACCGCGAAGUGCACCUGCGCCAGCUAGCGGACGCCCUUAAAAAAUAAUUUGUUUAUUCGGUAAAUAUUCGGCAGUUCGAACUAUUCGGCCGAAUACGAACAUUAAAAAUAUGCCGAAUACCGAAUAAUUACUGAAUAUUCGGCCCAUCUCUACAAGAGACCUUAAUCCUUUGACCACAAUUACGAAAACUAUAAAAGUUCAGAAUGAACUGUAUGUAUAUAGAGCCAUCUUAGAACAACUGUCCAGUGAUUCUCCAGACCCUACUCAAAGAAAGGUCAAAAUGGACUGUCCUAAAGGAUUUUCAACAUUGCAUGGUAAUAUUUUAAGGGUCUACCUAUGUACUUAACUUAGUAAUACAUAUGUAUGUUUAAUUCAAGAUUCCAGAGAUAGUUCGAAAAGUGUAUACAUGUUUAUGCAAUGACAAUGUAUUAACAGUAUAAGGGCCAGUUGCACCAUCCACACUUGACAGACUGAACAACGGCAAUCGGCCGUGAACUAUGAAACUUCCCAUACAAUAAAAUUUUGCGAACGCUUUAACGGUGACAGACAGUUUGGUGCAACCGACCCUAAUGCCAGAAU